AGUGGAAUAAUUACAUUCAUUUAUUCAUUAUUAAGAAGAGAAAAGGAGAAUAAACUUUUAAUCUGCUGAAUAAAAGUAAUGUAAAGGAAACUUUCUGCAUCGGGACCAGAGGAAACUGGAGAUGAGGAUCGUAGGAUUGUGGAGUGCAGGCUGCAUCUGUCCACUGCUGGUCGUGCUGCUUCAGUGGCUUCUGCCGUCCAUCAGAGCCAGUGGAGCAUGGAACCAGAACAUACCACGACUGCAGCUCGCCCAUGCAGAUCUCAGAUCAAGUAACAGUUCAGCUGUAUUCUGGCACGGUGGCUUCGGGGUCGGUGGGUAUUACGAGACUCUGCUGUUAGAUGAAGAUCGUGGCUGGCUGCUGGUUGGAGGAAGAGACUAUGUCUACAUGCUUCAUUCUGAGAAUCUGAGCCAGACUAUACAUAAGAUUCACUGGCCAGCUGGACGGGAACAUAUUGAGCGGUGCAAGCAUGCAGGGAAGAAUCUGUCGACUGACUGUGCCAACUUCGUGAGGCUCCUUCAGCCCGUCAACAAAACUCAUGUGUAUGCAUGCGGAACCGGAGCGUACCACCCUCAGUGUACGUUCAUUGAUCUGAGCCACAAUGCUGAGGAACCUGCAUUUAGACUUCCAAGCAAUGCUGUUGAGUCCGGGAGAGGGAAAUGUCCCUUCAGUCCACAUGAGCCAUUCACCGCUCGACUCAGUGAUGGAGAUCUGUACGCUGGAACAUCAGUGGACUUCAUGGGAAACAAUGCAGCCAUAUUUCGCACCUCUGUCCACACAAGCAGUCAGCAUUACAUCCGUACUGAGGCUUACCACGACCACUGGCUUAAUGAGCCGGAGUUUGUGGGCUCCUUCUCCAUCCCCGACACACACAGUGUAGAUGAUGACAAGAUCUACUUUUUCUUUAAAGAAACAGCUGUGGAGUCUAAUCAGCUGGACAAGCGCAUCUACAGCCGAGUGGCCAGAGUCUGUAAGAAUGACAUUGGCGGGAAGAGGAGUCUGAUUAAUCGCUGGAGUACCUUUCUGAAGGCCAGACUGAUCUGCUCAGUACCAGGGCCCGGAGGCAUGGACACACACUUUGAUGAGCUAGAGGAUGUUUUCUUGUUGGAGACAAAAGACCCACAGAAUCCAGUCAUCUACGGAGUCUUUUCAACGUCCAGCUCGGUCUUCAGAGGCUCGGCCGUCUGCAUCUACUCUAUGGCGUCCAUCCGAGCCGCCUUUAAUGGGCCCUUCGCCCACAAAGAGGGUCCAGACUACCGCUGGGUAGAGUAUAAAGGGAGAAUCCCGUAUCCACGGCCUGGGACAUGCCCAAGCGAGACGUACGACGCACUGCACAAGUCCACCCGCGACUUUCCUGACGAUUUGGUCAGCUUCAUGAGAGGCCACCAGCUGAUGUGGGAGCCAGUGGUGCCAAUCCACCGCCGGCCGCUGUUUAUGCAGAUCAACGUUUCUUACAGGCUGAAGAAGGUGGUGGUGGAUAGAGUGGAGGCGGAGGACGGCCAGUACAACGUGCUGCACCUGGGUACAGAUGAUGGCAAGAUUCUAAAGGUGGUGUCCAUCCCCAAGGAGAACUGGGAAACUGAGGAAAUCAUACUUGAAGAGCUCAGUGUCUUUCAGAGUCCAAUCCUGAGCAUGGAGCUGUCCACCAAACGGCAAGCCUUGUUUGUGAGCAGUGCUGAUGCAGUGGCUCGGUUGCCACUUCAGCGAUGUGAACUCUAUGGAAAAGCCUGUGCCGACUGCUGCCUGGCACGAGAUCCCUACUGCGCCUGGGACGGUGCCACCUGCAGCAGCUAUUUCUCCACUAACAAGAGGCGCUCACGCAGACAGGAUGUGCGUUACGGAGACCCCUGGAGCCAGUGUCAAGAUCUGGCAGACGGACCUGAUGACACCGAGCUGAAAGUGGUUUAUGGAGUAGAGAACAACUCAACUUUUUUGGAGUGCGCUCCUCGAUCUCCUCUGGCAGCUGUUAAAUGGUCCGUGCAGCCGAGCCACAGUCAGAGUACAAGAGAGCUGCAUCAUGGUGAAGAUGAUAUCAGCAUCACACAGAGAGGUCUCCUCCUGCAGCGCAUCACCUCCUCAGACGCCGGCCUCUACCUGUGCACCUCCCAUGAGCACUCAUUCUCUCGCACACUGGCUCGAUACGAGCUGCAGGUCAUUCCCCAGCAGCACGUCACAAACGUCCGCAACACACAUCUCACCGAGUCCAAAGUGGGUGGAAACUUCGCCCCGUCAUCGCUGAGCUACAAAGACCUGCAUCUGAUCGGAGUUAGUGGACUGACAGCAGAUGAGUACUGCGAACAAUUGUGGUACCGGGAGAAACGGAGGCAGCAGAAACUGCGCACGCUAAAGUGGAAGCAGACGGCAGAAAACCGAAAGGCUAGAGUCCGGCGGCAAUAUGAGCCGUAGCUUCAGGGAACGUAUAUGAGAGAAAAUGACAUUUGAGGAAAACUAAAGGACACAUGAGUUUAUUAAUGGGUUGUUCUUGCUGUUUGUGGAUCAUUCCUCCCCACAUCACUAGAGAGCUUUUAUUUCAAAACAUAUGAUACAUAUUUAAUAAGAGUACUCAGAAUAGCAACAGAUAUGGUGGAACUAAUUUUUCAUGCAUAACAGCCAGAGAUGCUUAUAAACCAUUCGGCUUCCUGUAUAGUUGAUAUGAAACUUAAAAACAGGAAAUGAUUUAUCUUAACACCUACACUUCAUGGACAAAAGAAUUGGGACACCACUCCUUAUUACGUUUAGAUAUUCACAACACACACAUUCCUAUCCAAUGUGUGAAGUAAAUUAUGUAAAAUAAAUUAUAUCCCUCCAAAUAUGUGGCAACAGUUUCAGAAAACCAUUCCUAUUUCUUCUAGUGUGACAAGCAAGCUCAAUAAAAACAUGGUUUGGUUUGGCAAGUCUGGUGUGGAGAAACUAUUCAGAGCCCUGACCAUAAGCAUGCUAAAAACCACUGGGGUAAAAUGUUGAUGAAGAGCACGGCCUUCUCGUUUUGAGUUCUUUUGACUGAAUAAGCAUCUCAAAAAGAAAUUGGUGGUGUCAUCCUAUUAAUGCCCAUGGUUUUGGAAUAGGGUGUUUAGCAAGCUCAUUGGAAGGUGUCCAAAUAAUUUUGGCCAUAUAGUGUAUUUAAAAGAAUGCAUUCAAUGAUUUAACAAUAAGUGGAAGUUUUUUAGGCCACAGUAAGUCUGAUCAGGGAGGGACAUACUCAACACAAAUACGUUAAAUGCAGACGCGUCCAGAUUGAUUGACUUAUUUUUCCUAAGAAAACAAAAACAACAAAAAACAACACUUCGUCCAAACAUUUGUAUACAUCUAAAUGAAAUCACUUGUGUAUUUCCCAAGCACAAUCAUAUAUCAGUGUGAAAGGACUCUAACAAUACCUCACGCAUGGCAUGUAUUCAUCUGAGGAAAAUUCUGGACCAUAACAGGUGCCUCUGAAGUCGUGUAGACUGGAGGAAGCUCACCACGCCUGCUACACAACUCAGGAUGUUCCUUCAUCUGUUUCCUUCCCGUCCAGGAACAAUCUUCUACAUGAACAACCUUAAACAAUCCGGACCGUUUUCCUUUCUGUAUUGUAGAGAAAACAAGGCAGUUGUUCAAUCGAUUCCUGUAAGAGCCGAGAUGAACAUUUAGCAUCAUGUCAUGCUGACGAUGGCAACCGAAUCCUUAUAGCUUACAUUCAUUUAAGUGCCAAGACGUCUUUUCAUCCAGUCAUAUUGUAACAAUCAGACAUUGCUGAGUGGUGUUCAGAUAGAGACUUUUCGACUCUAAACUGGGCAUUUGUGUUGGACAGAACCUCAAAGUGUUAAAGCAUCUGGCAGAAAUAAGCAUGAAAUAUAGUGGAAAUUAUUAUCAAUCCUUUCUGAGUAGUGUCACUCACCAUAAAAUAGCUUCCAAAGUCAUCUGGUUAACAGUGAUUUCUCUUCUAAACUUCACAAACCAAAUAAAAAUCGUGUCUAAAAAAUGUGUUAAUUAAAAGAUAAAAGGAUAAAAUCAGUGGAAAAAAUAAUUGGCAUGUUUUUUUUGUUUUUUUUUGCACAAAUCCCUAAUGAAUCAAAAUAGGUUUGGUCAUGGGUACCAGUUUAACUCACACUACAGGAUAAGGAUUCACAACCUGGUCCUGUGGGCUAGAUGCAGAAAUAGUCACUUUGCUCCGUAUUUGUUGUGUUAAAACGCUCUUAAAUCUAUCCAGUGUUACAAAUUCACUACUGUGAUUUUAUAGAUCUUAAAGGAUCAGACAGCUUCAUAAGCAAAAAAAUAAUGUCAUGAAUGUGUCCUUAAUCUUUAUGCAUUUUUCUACUUUACACUCAGAUUUGAGUUGAUUUAUCAGUUUAAACUAAUAAAUAAUGAUCUGUGAAUUUUUUGUCUGCCAGUUUACAAACAGGUUUGACUGUGACUCAAGAUUUACUAUACCUGUACCUCUGCUUUAGGCUAAGUAAAGGUGGAAUGGGUCAAUCAUAGAGGCAGGAUUAUUAUUACACCUGAGUAAGUCAGUUCUGCAGGAUAAACAGGGACGUAGUAACUGCUUCCUGCAGCACAGAUAUGGUUACAUUUUACCUGGUUUGGCCAGGAUGCACAUUUAAGCUUGUGGGCUCAAACGUACAUACAUUCAGCUCUUCGUCAAGCUGGUGAAUAAACACCAGAUUCAAGGGGUCUAAAUACUUCUCUGAAUCUACUGUAUAAAUGCAAGCACAAGAUUAUUGUUCACCCAAGCAGAUGGUAAAUAAAAACAAAUGAAUAAAUGAUGUAAAUAAAUAUUUGUCCAAAAUAAUAUACAAUAACAUUCAAUUCAGUUUACAUUCCAGUUUAAAAUUUGUAUAAGCUGUCACUCAAACAUUCAUUGUACUGUGUACCUGAGUAAGGUGUGCACAACAUGACAUUUGUCCCACAACAUAGACGUGUUACUUCAUCAUAAUCCUAACACUGAUCUGAUCCAGACUCAGGAUGUUUUGAGCUGCUGUACAAUAACCGCCUGCUCAUUUUCAUCUGGUGUUCAUUUUCACUAUUCUUCUAACCUGUACAUCUGGUGUUGCAUUGUUAUUAUUACUAUUAUUGUUAUUAUUGUUAUUAUAUAAUUGUGGCCAGUCUGCUAUAUCUGCUAAAUGAUGUUUUAUUAUUUACAGUGUUAUUUACAGUGUUAUGGUUAUUUAUGGCUUAUUUAAUCAGCAUCGGUUUAUACUGAAACAAUGUUUGCAUGUCUUAAUCUGAAAUCAGUCAACUGUCAGUUUGUGUACAGUUUCAUUAAACAUAACUCUGUAUAAAUAAAUACUGUGUCAAAUCAAUUAAAACGUGUCUAAUA